AUGCCUCUACCCAAUGACGGCGGUUUGACCGCAGAGGAGGUUUCUCUGUUGCGCAGGAAUCUGCGAGAGUUCCCAGACUUCCCGAAGGAGGGAAUUGUCUUUUUGGAUGUGCUGCCGCUGUUGGCUGUGCCGGAAUUAUACAAGCUGAGCAUCAAGUGGUUUCGAUCCGUGAUGCCAUCCGGAAUUGACAUGAUUGUUGGUCCCGAGAGCAGGGGGUUUCUGUUUGCUUGUCCGCUGGCGUUGGAGACUGGUACUGGUUUCGUACCUGCUCGCAAGCCAGGCAAGCUACCAGGUGAACGGGUACAAGCAUCCUAUGCCCUUGAAUAUGGCGAAGCCACCUUGGCUGUACAGACAGGAAUGAUAACACCCGGGAUGAAGGUCUUCCUCGUGGAUGAUGUUCUGGCCACAGGGGGCACUCUCGCCGCCCUAAAGAAGAUAGUCGAACAGUGCGGAGCCACGGUAGUCAAGGCAGCCUGUCUUAUGAAUAUUGCCGCGCUACCUAAAACAGAUGUCACCCUCACGGUAGAGACACUGUUUGAUCUGUGA